UUUUCAUUAAAUAAUUUAAAUAGGAUUGUUAAGAAAAGGAAAAAUAAAUUGAUUUAUUUCUUUUCGAUUUAUUAUAUAAACAAUAUCAGAAAUACUUUUACCUUUGUUAUUUUUUUAUCAUCAAUUAAAAAUUACUUAAAAUGGAAGUAACAUAGUCUUAACUAACAUUAAAACAAAUAAAAUAAAACUUAAUUGAAAAAAAUUGCUUGAUGAUUAAAGAUUUUACAAUCGGUUUUCCCACAGGAGAUGAAGCUCUUCCUAUGGAUGACUUCUUUCUGUUAAGUGAUAAAGGGUAUUAGAAUUUUAAAGUAUCUAAAAUAAUAAUAUUUGAGAAUUAAAAAAAAGAAGUGGUUGCUAUUCAAUUUACAUACAAACAAUAUCAAAAUUAAAAAAACAAUGAGAAUUAUGAAAUAAAAGGGAAUUUAAUUGGUCAAUAAGAAACAAGCGAUUUACUUUAAAAAUCAAUAAACUUGCAAGAUGAUCAGUUCAUCACUAAAAUAACUAUUUAAGUAGAAUUUAUUAUUGGAAAUAUUACUAUUAUUUUGAGUAAUGGAAGAGAAUACUUCUUUGGAAAUUACCAUAGAAUGGAUUAUGAAUAUUUCGAAUUUUCUGCACCCAAAGGAUUUCACUUUACUUGCUUUUCAGGAUGCACAAGUUCGCACUUUAAUGGUUUGUGCCUUUUAAAAGCAGAUGUUUGCCCUAUUGAAUAACAUAAUAAUCGUGAUCAUAAAUCUAAAUUUAUCGAAAUUAUUCCAGAUAAUAAAUCUGUUUUAAGAUUGAUAAUUCCUUUCUUAACUGUUAAGGAGAUAUCAGUCUUGAUGAGAACAUGCACUCUUUUAGCAAAAUUAAUAUCAAAUGAAGAUUUAUUUAUUGAUGAAAUAGAAAGAAGAGCUUUAUUUAGUGGUAAUAGCAAUUUAAAUAAAUAUUAUCAAAAAAUAAUAAGUAAAUAUAGUAAGGACAGCGAGAAAAGAAAUAUUCUAAUUUCAUAUGAAGAUUGCUUUAAAAAUUAUGUUGAAAAUCCAAAUGGAGAUGACUAAUUUUAAAAUUUUUAAUUUCUUUAGGGAAAUUAAGAAGCUGAGAAAAAUUACAGCUUUAUUGAAAACUUAAAUGGAUUAACUCAUUUCAAAUUUUCCUUCAUAGAAAAAACCUUAGUUUGGGAAAAAUAUUUGCAUGAUUUAUUUACUUCUAAAAGUAUAGAAAAUAUAGAAAAUAGGUAGUUAGCUAUUGUCUUCGGAAUUGAGAUAGCAGACAGUAAUUAUGGAGGCAGCUUGCGAGCAAAAGUAAUAAUUGAAGAUUAAGAAUAAAAUUCUAUUUUUUAACAAAAAUAAGAAUUUAGUAAAAUUUAGAGAGGAUUUAAGUUUUAUAACAUUGCUAGUUAUGUAAAAUCAUAGUAAUCUAAGCCCCAUAAAAUCAUUUUUUCUAUAUCAGGAAAAGAUUCUAGAUUUUGGAAAGGGCAUUUUGGUCCAAGACUGAGAUCAAUUACAUGCAAAUUAAUUCCUAUUUAAAAUAAAUAGCAAAUUAAUUUAUUCAAAAAUACUAUGAAAAAUAUAUUUUGAAAUUUUAAAUAUGAUUUUUAAUAUAAAUAAAUAAAUUAAUUAAUUUUUUAUAUUUUAGUUUCAUUUUAACGAGUAAAAAAAUAUCAAAAAAUAAAUAUGGUGUAUAUUUUUAUAUUAAAAUUUAAAAUUUAUUUAAUAUAAUAAACAUUUUUGAUAUUACCUAAAUAUCUAAAAUUUUAGUAUAUAACCUAAAAAAGGCAGUACCUUAGGAUAAUAUACAUAUAUAUAUUUGUUUGUAAUAGAUUGUUGAUAAAUUA